AUGAAGCGCAGCAUCGAGGCGAACGGUCCUCAUGUCCAGUCUGCGACCGCGUGUUUUCUCGAAGCGACACUCUGCGCCGCCACAUUCGACAAGACCACGAGGAGCAGGAACAAUCCCACAUCAUCCGCUCCGCGCAAGCCUGUCGACCGUGUCGGGGGGCGAAAGUGCGCUGUCGCGGCGGAUUUCCAUGUCAGAAUUGCGAACUAA